AUGUCGGACGCCGUUUCCCUCCUGCGCCGCCUGAUUCUCGAGUCGCCCCCUGGAGAAUGGGCACUGAAUCGCCUCCGCGAACUUCUGAUAGGGGCCUUGCGCCAGGGUCCUGUGCCGCAACAUGUGGCCUUUGAAAUGGAUGGGAACAGGCGGUAUGCCAAGAGUCACAGGAUGGAAACGGUCGAGGGGCAUCAUCGCGGAUUCGAGGCUCUUGCCAGGUGCGGCGUCAAGGUCAUCACCGUCUAUGCGUUCAGCGUCGAGAACUACAACCGGCCCAAGCACGAAGUCGAAGGGCUCAUGCAGCUGGCCAAGGUCAAGCUGGAGCAGCUCACCACCUACGGCGACAUCCUAGACCGCUACGGCGCCUGCGUGCGCGUCCUCGGUCAGCGUGAGAUGAUCCGGGAAGACGUCCUCAAGGUUGUUGACAAAGCCGUUGCUAGGACCAAGCACAACAACAAGACCGUCCUCAACAUCUGCUUCCCAUACACGUCGCGGGCCGAAAUCACCACGGCCAUCCGCAACACUGUCCAGGACUUCCUCAACCCGCCGCCGCCCAAAAACACCCCCUUCUCGCCCUCGCGCAUCCGCCAAAAGAUCCUGUCCAGCCAGCUCGACGGCAAGGAACCCCUCCCCACCAUCCUCGACGCCGACGACGACGACGACGUGCCCGAAGAGACGAGCAUGGACAACGACGAAGACGCCGGCGACUCGUCGUCCACCACCCUGCCGCCAGACUCACCCUCGCCCAGCCUCCGCACCCGCUCCUCCUCGAACAGCCACCUCCCCAACCCGGAAUCCAUCACCACCGACACCCUCAACGACCACAUGUACACGGCGUCCGACCCGCCGCUGGAACUCUUCGUGCGGACCAGCGGCGUCGAGCGCCUCAGCGACUUCAUGCUCUGGCAGUGCCACCAGGACACGCAAAUCGUCUUCAUCGACUGCCUGUGGCCCGACUUCGACCUCCAGCACUUCAUCUGGGUCAUGCUGGAGUGGCAGUGGCGCCAGAAGCAAAAGGAGAGGGACGAGACGAGCACCCUCGUCAAGGCCAAGAGCCGCCGCCUGGUAGAAUAG